CAGCGCCUCCUCUCCAGAGCGGAUCUGCGCUCAGGCUGCCGCUUGCAAUGGAAGGCUUGCCUUCGACCUCCUUGGAGAUGAAGAAUGGCAACCUCGCCGCGCCGGCGGUUGCAGCGGCGCCGGCGCCGGCGGCGACACCAUCACCACCGCCACCACCACCAGCAGCAGCCGUUUCCCCACGAUCCCGCCGCAGCAGCUUUCUGACACGUGUCCGGGACAAGCUCUGCUCUUGGCAUAUUGUGAAAACGCUAUUCCUGGGUCAGAUACUUUCGCUGUUCAUAUGUGGGACUGCGGUUACAAGCCAGUACUUGGCCGACAAAUACCAGGUCAACACGCCAAUGCUGCAGAGUUUCAUCAACUAUUGCCUGCUUUUCCUUGUGUACACAAUGACUCUGGCCUUCAGAAAAGAUGACGACAACCUCUGGCAGAUCCUGCGAAGGAAAUGGUGGAAGUACAUUUUGCUUGGAGUAGUUGAUGUUGAAGCCAACUAUUCCAUCGUCAAAGCCUACCAGUAUACCACCCUAACAAGUGUCCAGCUCCUUGACUGCUUUGGGAUUCCUGUGCUGAUGGCUUUAUCGUGGUUCAUCCUCCGCGCAAGAUACAAACUGAUCCAUUUCAUUGCGGUUGCUGUCUGCCUGUUGGGAGUAGGCACCAUGGUCGGGGCGGACGUGUUAGCUGAGAGGCACAGCGAGGAAGGUACCGACGUGGUGAUCGGCGACGUCUUAGUCCUCCUUGGUGCUUCCUUAUAUGCCAUUUCGAAUGUGAGUGAGGAAUACAUUGUGAAAAAUCUGAGCAGAGUGGAGUUUCUAGGAAUGGUGGGCUUGUUUGGGACUAUUAUCAGCGGUCUGCAGCUAGCCAUUGUGGAACAUAAAGACAUUGCUUCUAUUCAGUGGAACUGGAAAGUCGUGCUGCUCUUCCUGGCCUUUGCACUGUGCAUGUUUGGACUGUACAGCUUCAUGCCAGUCGUGAUCAAAGUAACCAGCGCUACAUCCGUCAACUUGGGCAUUCUGACUGCUGACCUCUACAGCCUCUUCUUUGGGCUCUUUCUCUUCGACUACAAGUUUUCAGCACUGUAUAUCCUGUCCUUUGCUGUCAUAAUGAUCGGAUUCAUCAUGUAUUGCUCAACGCCGACCCGCAGUGCAGAGGCCGCCUCGACCAGCUUGCCCCUGGGAUCCAGUACUGGGUUUGACAAUCUUGCCUUGAAAAUUGAAGAGAACCACCUGAAUGUGUCCAUCGUCUCACCUGCACAACACAGCAAGGAAGGAAGGCAGACAGAGGAAGCGCCAGACACAAAACUAACCGUCUUGUGAAGCGCACAGCCUCUCAGCUGCCGGAAUUACCUUGGAAAUGUCAGUAAACAAGAGAUAAUGAAUGUUAAGCUGCGCUAGGUUGGAUUAAACUGGAGAGAUGCCUACGGUGGAGUUUGUGGUCAUGCCAAAGUCUAGAAUUUCACCGCGAGAUAACGAGGACCGGAUCCUUAGUCGAACCACCUGUACCAAGUCAUGUUCACUGAAGAUCUGUCCUUGGAGCCGACAGGGAAAUAAAAAAGGUAAGGGCAACUAAGGGAAUGACUAACAAUGCUCUCUGUAGAGAGAGAAAGAAAUCAACACUGAAGAAACCAAAUUGCACUCAUUUUGAGUAAUUUAUCUAAUGUCCAAGGUUUGCACUUUGAAGGACUGUGGAAUAUUUUUUGGCAAGAACAUGAUUGGCAAAAGGAAAAAGAGAGGGAAGAGAGACUCGAAACAGGUUAGAUGGCCAGUACUGAAAGAGAAGCUGGAAACUGUAAACAGAGAGAGAGAGAAAGGCAUCUGUGAAGAGCUGUGAAUCCUUGUCUUUAGACCACUAGACCAUGAGGACUAGAAACAUUUUUUUUAAUAUAUAAAAAAACUGAAUUGGUUAACCAUUUCCUACUCCUACACAGUUAAAAUUUCAGAGUUCGUUCAUCAUCUUUGCAAUAAUUGAACCUUAACACUUGGAGACUGGGAAAUUGCACUGGCAACUGAUGCUGAUUGAAGCAACCUGGGAUGAACCCAUCUGAAUUAAAGGAUGCACUGGGCCUGCCUCCCUAUUGGCACUAUUUCUGUCUUCAUUAAAUUGUCUCGUCCUUUUGGAUCUCAGAUAUACUUUAGAGUAGACCACCCCCCUUCUGGUGGCAGAGAGCUCAGCAGGUGAACACUCGGUGUGUUUUAAGUUUGAGGGAUGCGAAAUCCCCUGUGUGUAAAUCAGCUUUUUGGAAAUGUGAAGGUGGUCUUUUUCGCCACGAUAAAUAAUGUAUCGAGCCACACACACACACACACAUAUAUAUAUUCACUAACAAUUUGCCUAAUGGUGUACACCUCUGCAGCUAUAAGAUAUGCUUUCAGGACCAAUUGUUCAUUACCUAUGCACAUCUUGUAACCAUGUAUAUUGUUGAAGCGUAAUCAAUAUUUGGGCCCUUAUCCAGCGAGAGAUUAGGAUGCACAGAUCUAUAUGCGUGUAUCCCUACUCGGAUGAGUUUCGGGCCCAAAACGGUGUCCAUCGUUUCCAAAUCCAAUCCAAUCCGGAAAAACAGGUUGAAUACUUCCGGGGAGAAGGUAUUUGAUUUCGGCCGCCUUGCUUUCCCUCCUUCCCAGUCGAACAACUUACUGGUCCUGUUUAAAGUAUUCAGCUGGUCUACGUGUUGUGCCUAAAGGUUUGGAUCAGCACUGUAGUAUUGGCAGCUUUUUCACACUCUCCAGUGCUGUUCAACAGAAAGCCACAUGCCUGCAUCAGAUCAUCAGCUCUGACACCAGUUGUUAAGAGGGAGGGGGGUACCAAGACUGAGGGCAGAGGUCUCGUACCCAUGUUCCCCAUCACCACCAACGAUUGGCUCUAAUGGAGCUGACAGCAGGGGUUUGGUGACAGGAGAUAUUUCCGGUUCCUGGAUAUAUGGUGUUCAUGCUCUCUCCCACUUAACUUCUCUGCAACGGCACUCUCUUCUGUUUGCGGGAGUUACCUUGCUUUUUUAUGGAUUGGAGCAAUUCUAGUUACCUCAUUGCUUAUGAGCCCUGCUGCCCUUUUAACUCAUCAGUUGCAGCAGUUCCUUGAAAGUUUUCUGUGUUAACAUUUCUCCAGCUGUGCCAUAAUAUUAUUAAUUGUGAUAAAUAGCUUUUGAACAAUGGUUCAAGCCCAACACCGUUGAAUAAGAAUACUGGAAGCUGAUCCUACAACACACUGAUAAAGUUGCUUUUUAGGCUGGGUCCUUAUCGAAAUGGUUAUUAUCCCAGUUACCAGGUAGGUAACCGUGUUGGUCUGCCGUAGUCGAAACAAAAUUUAAAAAUUCCUUCCCGUAGCACCUUAGAGACCAACUAAGUUUGUCUUUGGUGUAAGCUUUCGUGUGCAUGCACACUUCUUCAGAAGAAGUAUCUGGU